UAUUACUUUUUCUCUCUACCUUGAUCUGUAUAAAUAUUACCUACACCUUUCAGCUGGCCAGCUCGAUCGAAUCGCCAUUCGCCAGUUGCAUAUAUCAUACAUGGAGCUCUGCAAGCUGCUCCUGAUACUCACCAUCCUUGCUUUCUCCCUGUUUCUCUCUUCUCUUGCUACUCCACAUGCAUCAGCAAGUGUUGAAGAAAUUGGUAACCCUAAAGCGGUCCUCAACUUCGUAGACGACAAGGCGAGCAGGGUGGAUGUGAGUUCGCAGAGGGUCAGGGGGCUGAAGUUGGAAUUGGAAGAAGACGGUGAGUCGGUCUGGCUACGUAGAAGACGAAUGGUUGCGGAGGAAGAGGACUAUUCCGGCACCGGCGCCAAUCCCCGCCAUGAUCCAAACCCUCCCGGAAACAGUGAUUAAGAUCAGAGUUCAUCCAUCUGUCAUCCGUUGUAAGAUACAGAUAGAUUUAGAUCAGAGCUGGAUCCUAUCGAUUUAUAUCCGUUUCACCUGCUUAAUUGGGGAAAUUAUCUUCUAGUGUAUUUUUUUUUUUUUUAAUGAUUUGUGCUAUUAAAAAUCAUACUAUAUACUCUGUACUCUGUAAUAUACUCAUACAAAGUGAUUGCAUAUAGUUAUGUAUCUCCCCCAUGUAUACUAUAUUAUUACUAUCUAUCUUCUUGUUCUUUUAGAAA